CAAAGUCAGGACAAACAGCAUCCAGAUCAGAGUCCACACACACACACACACACACAGUGUUAUCAUUGGUAUAAAUGAGAGCACAAAUAGAUCAAUAAAGGCAGUGCAGGCACCAGGAACAUGGAGAACUCUCAAUCAGGCCACCAACACAAAGCCAUUAAUGGUCAUCAACACGCUCAGCACCAAACUGUCGGAAAAGGGGGAUCUGUUUUUAUAUAUCACCGACUGGUUUUACUGGGUCUGAUAUUGCUGAAUGCAGUUCUGCUGAUUGUGACUGUUGUUCUGGGGAUUUGCUGUGCCAAAGCCAAAGAUGAUGACCUUCAGAUUCCUCAGUCGGCUGAUACAACACUAAUGAUUGAGCUGAGCUAUCUCAGCAACCACAGCGAAGUGAUCAAAGCCAAAGAGGAAGCCCAGACAAGAUUAGAGAUGGAGCGCACCAGCCAUCGCCAAAGACAAGUGCAGCUGGAGCAGCAGAAAACGCUCAAUGAUGACCUUCAAAAGCAGAUUGAGACGCUACAAAAAGAGAAAACAAUACUUCAGUAUAAUCAUACUACUUUAGAGGAAAGCUGUGGCAAAUGCCAGCCAGGAUGGAUUCUUGUUAAUUCAUCCUGCUAUUUCUUUUCUAAUCCUGCAUCCAACCCCAAAAGGAACUGGCCGAACAGCAGAGCAGACUGUAUCAGUCGUGGAGCUGAUCUGGUCGUGAUCGAUAACUGGGAGGAGCAGCAACUGCUGAAUGACAACUAUAAAACUGACUCCACCAGCAAAACUUGGUGGGAGAAUGGGUACUGGAUUGGCCUCACUGACAUUGAGACCGAGGAAAAGUGGGUCUGGAUUAACAAUGUGACCCAGGUGGAAACGUACUGGAUCCCGGGAGAACCGAACAACCAUGGUCCUGAUGGUGAGGACUGUGGUGCCUUUUAUUUUAGUGGAGAUCCCAUGAAGACACGGUAUGAUGGAAAAUGCCAAUAUCAUCUGUAUAACUGGUUGUGUGAGAUUAAAUUAAAGUAAACAUGCAGCCUCUCAAGCAGAUCUCAAACACUCAUUAUAUUUGAUUUCUCACAAUCAUUCAUCUUCAUCUGCUUACUCCAAUUAUGGGUCCUGUC